UUGUAAAGUCGUCCAUGAUCACACCACAGUCCAUGAUGUUGCUGAAAAUCUAUAGCUUAUUGCAGUAAAAUUAUUUAUACAAUCGAAAUCGAACAAAUUAUUUUUGUUUACCCAACUCGUGCAGUCUACAAUUAUGGCAAAUGAAACUGACGAAAACUCUUCUAGUGAGACCGCAGAAAAGUUAAUACCUAGCGAUGAUACUUCAAGGCAACUUGAAGCAGUUCCUGAUGAAAAUGUCGAUAUCAAUGAACAAAUUGACGCACAGCGCCGUCAAAUGCAACCAUCUAAAAUGGAAUCUUUUUUUGCCGUAACAAAAUCUUUGAUAUUAAGAGCUUUAGUAGUUUAUUUCAUAACAUCAUUUUUCCGCCAACCUUCAACCCCUAAGGUUGAUGUUACCAGUCCCCCCGGAGUAGUUCGCUCUGCAGCUAAAAAUAUGUUUACCAAUGGGACAUCGUUAGACAUGUACACUUAUCUAAGUGAAAAGGAAUUUCUGAAAAAUUUCGAAGAUGCUGAAUUAAUUUGGAAGUUACCUGGAUUGACUUAUGGAGAUUGGACCGGUGGGCCAAAUGGAGAUGGUACAUUUAUACAUAAUAUUAGUUUUGCACCUUCAGAUACAUUAAAAAGUAAUGGUUCUAUAUAUCUUCACGUUUAUGUUGUGCAAUCAGGAAAGACUCCUGAUCCAAGAGAUAAGUCCAAUUAUGCUGGUCCUUACGUAUCUUAUGCCAGAAAAAUGGCGAACAGAUACAAGAAGCUCAAGUAUCUUAAAACUCAUAAUUUAUUAACUGGCCAAACUGAGAAGUCUGAAGAGGAAAUAAUAAAAGCAGAAACUUUAAAGGAAGAAAUUGUUUCACAUUGGCAUCCUAAUUUGACAAUCAACUUGGUAACAGACCAAACAGCUUGGAUGCAGGGUAGUGUUCCGCCUCCUCUUGAUGAGUUUAUUUAUUUCUUACCUGAUGGUAAGCAAUACAAACCAGCAGUUUUUCUGAAUGAAUAUUGGAAUAUGAUGAGAGAUUAUGUUCCCAUAAAUAAAACUACAAGUGUUCUUCAACUCGAAUUAACAUUUCAGCCAUUAAGUCUGUUCAAAUGGCAGUUAUAUACUGCUCAGGCAAUGCGAGACAAGUUAAGCAUGUUUUCAGCUUUAGGUGGCGAGGAACAAGAUGAAGAACAAGACACUGUUAAGGAAUUACUAUUAGAUACAUCACCUUAUUUACUGGGUUUAACCAUAUCAGUCUCUAUUCUGCACUCAAUAUUUGAGUUGCUGGCCUUCAAAAAUGAUAUUCAGUUUUGGAAUAACAGAAAGUCUCUUGAAGGCCUCUCUGUAAGGUCUGUCUUCUUUAACGUAUUUCAAUCAACAGUUGUUCUUCUUUAUGUUCUUGACAAUGAAACAAAUGUUAUGGUGAGAAUUUCCUGCUUCAUUGGUCUGAUGAUCGAAGUAUGGAAAAUAAAUAAAGUGAUGGAUGUUAAACUAAAUAGAGAAGAUAGAAUAUUUGGAAUUCCAAAGCUAACAUUUACUGACAAAGGAUCUUAUGUUGCAUCUAGUACAAGGGAAUAUGAUAUGCUAGCAUUCAGAUACCUUAGCUGGGCCUGUUUUCCUCUUCUAAUUGGAUAUGGGGUUUAUUCUUUGCUAUAUCAAGAGCACAAAGGAUGGUACUCCUUUGUUCUUAACAUGAUGUAUGGUUACCUGUUAACUUUUGGAUUUAUAAUGAUGACACCUCAAUUAUUUAUUAAUUAUAAAUUGAAGUCUGUUGCACAUUUGCCAUGGCGGAUGAUGACAUACAAAUUCCUCAACACAUUUAUUGAUGACAUCUUUGCAUUUGUGAUUAAAAUGCCAACAAUGUAUCGUAUUGGCUGCUUCAGGGAUGACAUUGUAUUCUUCAUAUUCCUGUAUCAGCGUUGGAUGUACAAGGUUGAUCACAAACGUGUUAAUGAGUUUGGGUUCUCUGGAGAAAUGGAACAGCAAAAGAAACAAUCUGAGAAUGGUAACCUCGCAAUUACUGAAGGAGAUCAAGGUACCUCUGAUAAGAAAAAUGAUUAAAUUUAGAUAACUUUUAAGUAGUAAAAGUUUUGACACAUCAGUAUAUUAUAUUUAAAAAUUAAUUUAGCUUGACAGAAUAAUAUCAAAAAUGCAUUUGUUAAAUUCAAAUCCUAAAGUCUAUUUGAACUACAUGAUAAGAAAAUAUAUUCUAUUGUGAGCCCAGUACAAAUAAUUGAUAACUAGGUGUGUCUAUAAGUAAUUAUAUUAUAAUCAUUUGUAAUUAAUAUUAUAGCAUUUAGUAUUGUUUUAGCUAAUUUAAAAUCUGUCUCACAUUGAUCCUACCCAAUCAACCUAUCAGCACAACCAAUGAAACAUUUUUACAAAUAAUUUUAUUAUUUAGUUAAUGGUAACAAUAGAAGUUGAAAUUUUUUAUAACUAGCAAAUUAGGUUGGAUCGUUUUGUUAGCCUAUGGUCUAACUUAAUAAAAUCAAUGGCUCCUUGAGUUUUUUGAUAAUGGAUUCCAACUGGGCAUACUGAUUAAGUCAAUUUGCUAAGGAACAUAAUUUCCUUAUUAUUCCAUUCACAUAAUAACAUAUCUUAAUGUAACGCUACCAGUAUUACCUUAAGCUAUGUUAUUAAUUUUCACUCCAUUAUUCUUCAACCAACUUGCAACAGGAGGUUAUUAAUCUAAAAUUCAUCAUCAUUAACAGUUUUGUUCCAUUUCAGUUCUAAAAUUAUGCCAGUAAGGAUAUUUAAACUUUGUUAUCCAAAUAGGUCUAUUACUGACUGCUAUGAACAUUCAUACGUUUUUUAAUUAUUGUGUGAUGAUAACUUAAUUUGUUGACUUAAAAUUAAAACUAUUCAGGUUUCCCAAUGCACCCUGGUAUUAUAAGAAACGCACAACUAAUAUAGCCAGGCAUUCUUGUUGUCACCAUCUCACACCAUUCUACUAAGUCUCCCUUUUUCCGUAUAUAUGUUUGACGGCCGAUU